UGUUGGAAGAUCUGCUAAAGAAGUGGAGAACAUUCUUCAGAAUAGCAUUGGAAGAGUCUUUGAAGAAUUACCCAAAUAUUCCGUACCAAGAUUCCAGCGUGUUGUGUGUGAUGGGUGUCCUGUCUCAUCAAAGGUUCAUUAUCUCACACCAGCAAAGUAUCAAGUCAGAUAUCCUAUAAUCAAUUGUGAAGUAAACACAACAUAUCGACCACUGACAGAGAAAGAAAAGAAUUGGUUUACUGAGAAAGUGGAAGCAAAGGACAUGACAUCAAAGGACAAAUUUGGAGCUAAAUCUAAACAAGUGGAAGCAAAGGACAAAGUUAGUAAGAGGGAGCCAAUAGAUAUAUUCAAGGAUCAUUAUGCUGAUCUCUGUGAGUGUAUAUCUGCAGAUCAUAUUAUUGGGAGAGUCGCAGAUCGUUGUGUACCACUGAUAAGUGACAUUACAUUUGAUAAAACCAUGACUACUGGUAUCUCCAACUAUGACAAAGCACGUCCACUUAUGAAAGAGCUAAAGCUUAAUCUCAAAGCAUCCAAAGAUCAACGCCAGUAUUUAUUGAAACUAAUUAGCAUAUUCCACAAAAUAAAUGAUCCGGCAUUGUCUGAGAUAGCUGAUGCAAUGAAGUCAGAACUCUGAGGUCAUCCUAAUGACUAGCACUAGUUUAACAUACUUGCUGAUUAUUGAAAUUAAUUAUUACUGAAUAAUGCUGUAAUACUAUUACUCUAUUAGUACUUUGCUAAUCUGUUGGCUUAAA